UGUAAACGAACUGCAGUAACGUUAUGUUCAUUGUUUACACAUGACACCAACUUGUCAGAUUCAGACAUACUUAUAUGUUGUAGCAGAUUUCAGUUUGCAAGCAGCUGUCUAGUUAUUCAGUGGUCAGGGGACAACCCCAAUAGCCUUGCAGGCUUAAGUUUGAGCAAUCCUGGUGAUCUAGCAAUCAGUCUAGGGACAAGUGAUACAGUUUUUGGGGUCACUGAUUCACCAGAACCAACCCUGGAGGGAAACAUCUUUCCUAACCCAGUUGAUCCCAAGACCUACAUGGUUUUGCUUUGCUAUAAAAAUGGAUCUCUGACACGAGAAGACCUUCGCAAUCGUUAUGCUGAGAGAUCUUGGGAUAUGUUCAAUAGGUUGCUUGAAGAAACAGCCCCCUUGAACGGAGGGAAGUUGGGAUUUUACUACAAGGAACAUGAGAUUCUCCCACCACUUCCAGUUGGAUUUCACCGGUACGUUGUCAAGAACUUGACUAGCGGAUCUUUAGAUGAGAUGGUAGAAGAAGUUGGCGAGUUUGAUCCUCCUUCAGAGGUGCGUGCAAUAAUUGAAGGGCAGUUCCUGUCCAUGAGGGGCCAUGCUGAGCAAUGUGGACUGCCAGUACCUCCAAAGCGGAUUAUAGCAACUGGUGGCGCGUCCUCAAACCCAACAAUUCUCAAGAUAAUGGCAUCUAUUUUUGGUUGUCCAGUGUACACUUCCCAAAGAUCAGACUCUACAUCUCUGGGUGCUGCUCUGCGAGCAUCCCAUGGGUGGCUCUGUAAUCAGCAAGAUGAGUUUGUGCCAUUCUCAUCUGUGUACUCUGGAAGAAUUGAUAGAACAUCACUAAGCAUGAAGUUGGCUGUUCCUUUUGGGGAGUGCGAGGGGGACAUUGAGCUUCUGAACAACUAUACAUUGUUGGUUAGGAAGAGGCUGGAGAUUGAGCAGAAGCUCAUCGAAAGGUUCAGACGACGAGAACUAAGUGGUUUCUAGUCUUGCACUGUUGCAGGUUGAGCACUAUCCUUGGUACAGUUCUUAGUGGCUCUUAAGUUAUAGGAUGUGUUGAGGAUCCUACAGAUGUAUUCAGUCCAUUUUCAUGAAUUAACACCACUUACAUGUCAUGCAAAAGUCAGAUGUGUCGAGGAUCCUACAUAUUCAUCACUCAAAAGUCAGAAUGCUAAGAUGACACUGUGACAUGAUUGUAGCAGGCUUGGUUCAUCGAUCGGGAAAUGCAAAUGUCAUGCAUGUUAUGCUGGUGAAUGGCAUCCUACUCAACAUGGUGAGGCUAUAACAAGGAUGGCCACCGAAUUUGCAAAAUCUAGUUGUCAGCUACUACUGCUAUUACCACAGCAACCAUGCACUGCUCCCACUUGUAAAUUAGUGGAUUCCUAUUGCCACUACACCUGGCCUGACUUCCUAUGCAGAAUGGGCACUUUGUACGGCUGACGAAAGGAAGGCUUAUGCUCUCCUAGAUGGCUAGAUGCCUAUGCCACAGUUCGCUCGCAAAAUGACAAGAUCGUAUUUCUUUUUCACUUUGCAAAA